UACUCUUCCUCUGCACAGUCACCCAUUUCUCACACACAUAUGCUCUCACACGCUCCUUCUCCUCUUCACGCGCUCUCUCCUUCGUUUGAACCCCACUCGCGCGAACCUGGAUCUUCUCUUCAUUGCUUCGCGCCAUAGAUCGCCACAAACGCUUAGCUUCUUGGCUUUUCUGCACGUGCCCUUUUCUUUCUUCUUCUUGUUCCAGCGUUUGAAUCGAUGCUGCAACUCCAAAGAUACGAGCUUUGCUCCAUUUUAGGAGAUGGGUCUUGAGCAACCGCCUUCAUCUCAUCCCAGUCUUGGAUUCUCGUUUAACUGAGCGUUUUCUGUUUCAGGAGCUUCUUCUUUCUUUGGGACCAUAAUGAUUAACAAAACGCUUUUCUUCACUUAUUUCUACUUGUUUGUCUACAUUUUGCUUUCUUCUGGAGUCAUUUUGUACAACAAGUGGGUUCUGUCUCCAAAGUACUUCAACUUUCCGCUUCCUAUAACACUCACCAUGAUUCACAUGGGCUUUUCUGGGGCAGUGGCAUUUUUUCUUGUCCGGGUCUUUAAGGUUGUAUCUCCUGUCAAAAUGACAUUUGAAAUAUAUGCAACUUGCGUGAUACCAAUAAGUGCCUUCUUUGCUUCAAGUCUUUGGUUUGGUAACACAGCUUAUUUGCAUAUUUCUGUGGCAUUCAUCCAGAUGCUCAAAGCUCUAAUGCCCGUGGCAACAUUCCUGGUGGCUGUUAUUUGUGGCACUGACAAAGCAAGGUGCGAUGUGUUCUUCAACAUGUUGCUGGUCAGUGUUGGAGUUGUCAUUUCCUCCUACGGAGAAAUUCAUUUUAAUGUAGUCGGUACAGUUUACCAGGUCACGGGCAUUUUUGCUGAAGCUUUAAGACUGGUCUUAACACAAGUCCUUCUACAGAAGAAGGGCUUGAAUUUAAAUCCUAUUACAAGUUUAUAUUACAUAGCUCCAUGCAGUUUCGUGUUUCUCUUUGUGCCUUGGUACCUGCUGGAAAAGCCUGUGAUGGAAGUUUCACAGAUUCAGUUCAACUUUUGGAUAUUCUUUUCCAAUGCUCUGUGUGCUUUAGCCUUGAACUUUUCCAUUUUCUUAGUAAUCGGUAGAACCGGUGCCGUAACCAUACGGGUUGCUGGAGUGCUCAAAGACUGGAUACUAAUUGCCCUUUCUACCGUUAUAUUUCCAGAGUCAGCAAUAACAUGGCUGAAUAUAAUUGGCUAUGCUAUUGCACUAUGUGGAGUUGUUAUGUACAAUUACAUCAAGGUUAGGGAUGUCCGAGCCUCUCAAUCACCUGCUGAAAUUAUUCCAGAUCGAAUGACAAAGGACUGGAAAUUCGAGAAGAGGUCAUCUGAUUUAUAUGUGCCAGAUGAUGUUAGUAACAAUGGAGGAAGUGGUGGAGGCAAUGGUUCUCUUUCUGAUAUGAACUUUGAUGAAGAAGCACCGCUAAUUUCUUCAUCAAGGGUAUCUCAUAUUGGACGCAUGCAGCUUGCCAACCAUGCGACAGGAAAAUGAAAACCCCAAUACAAUCAUCGUCAUAUAUUUUUCCCUUUUUGGAGAAAGAACAAGAAAGUGGAAGUUGGUAAAAAAUACCACUCUAUUCUCUCAAAUAGUAUGCUUUAUAAUGGAAUUUUCGUGCUUGCUCUUUGUAACCACAUUCAUAUGUUGAUCUGGGGUUUGAGACCAGAGUGGGGGACCAAAUCUCCUCAUAAUUCCUAUAUCAGUUUAAAUUUAUUACCACCAUUUGGGGCAGAAAUUUUGAAUAAAGGUUGGUUUUCCUUGUAAA